AAACAAACAUGGUUGACAAAGGAUGAAAGUUUCAAGAUUUUGCUUCGUAGUUUACCUGCAACUUUUGUUCCUUUUCGUAGAUUUGUUCAUUAAUUCGUUUGGAGAGCUCUUCCGAACUGCAGACGUCGUCCUUCUUGUGUUGUACAUAAUUCAAGACCUCUGCAUUAUCUUUGCAAUUAUUGUGGUAUUUUUGGUAUUUUUCAACACAUACAUUUUCCAAGCUGGAUUGGUGUCCCUACUAAUCAGAAAAUUCAAGACAACUAUUAUUAUCUCUGUAUUAUACUUAGCACUAUCAGUGGGGCUACAUGUAUGGACUAUGACAUUAAAGUGGGGUGCUCCCCAGGCAUUUAUUUGGAAUGAAGCUUUCCAAGCACUUUUUGUUUUUCAAAGAGUGGGAGCUGUUUUAUAUUACUACUUCUACAAGAGAACAGCCUUGCGACUAGGAGAUCCAAGAUUCUAUAAGGACUCUCAAUGGUUAAGACAAGAAUUUGCAAGGACUCACUGAUUACUUUUACAGUCUUCAAAAUAAGGAAUCUGGAUGUUAAAGCAAGGAAAAAAAAAGUUAUAACAACCCAGUCGUUCAUAAAUAUUUCAUCGCUAAUGGACCACUCUUCUGUUUAUGGAGAAAGUCUGGUGUUGUGAAGUACAGAUUUUAUGUUUUCUUGAAAUAUGGGUGUGUAUGUAAAUAAUGGUGGAGCUUUCUCAGGCAAAAUUUAAGGAGUGGAAAAUGUGAAGAGUGCUCAUGGGCUUUAUAAAUGUUACUAAAAUUAAUAACUUUGCUAUGAAAAGAAAUACCUCUAUGGUACAUGUUCAUUGUACAUACUGGAUCACUUUUUAAUUUUUUUGGACGUAAGCAAGUAAAAGAUCUGUUUCAGGAAAUCCUAUGAAAUAGAGGCAAAAAUAUUGUUCAAAUGCUGCACCCAAGUGCUGGAUUUGAUGAUCAAUUCUUUUUUUGUAAAAGGCCAUCUGUUCACCAAAAUUAACUCUUUACCUUUAAACACCUGAAAAAGUAAAUCCACUAUGCAUGUAGCAAUAAUGUUAAUGACAAUGAUGAUAAUGGUGAUGAUGUUAAAAUGAUAUUCUAAUUAUUAAUAAUUUCUCUUUGUCCCUACACAGAAUUCAAGACCUCUGCAUUAUCUUUGCAAUACUUCAAAUUCUCCACCCCACCCAGGCGAGGUUUAAAUUCCCCACUUCCCCACUUCUCUGGGUGCAAAUGCCAGUCAAAUGCAUCAU